AUGUCUUCUCUUCUUGUUCAACACCCCGCCGUCGCAGCCUCCGCGACUCUCGCUUCUGCAUCUCGGAGAGAAGAUGGCGCCUCGUCAGCGCCUUUCGCGCCGCUCCCUGGUCGCAAGUCGGUGACGUCAGCCACAUUCACGGGGGGAAGGUCGCAGCUCUCUUCGUCUGCUCUUCGACUAGAAUCGUCCACGUCAGCAGCAACUGCUUCCACGCGGAAUGUUUCCGUGGCCGCGUCAUCUUCAUCGUCAUCCAGCUCGGAGGAGGUGUUUUUCGACAGUGGCCCGCACGUGGGCGAUCUGGCCCUGAACCUAGUGCUGGGGUUCACGGGAGUGUGGCUGCCGCUCACCCUCGCCUCCGCCUUCCGCGUCCUCACGCUGCGCUACCGCUUCACCAACCGCCGCUUCACUGUCCUCUCUGAGAUCGAUGAGAAGGAGAGACUCGAGUACCCAUACUCGUUGGUAUCAGAGGUGCGGUCGGCGCCGCGCUUCAUAGGCGAGGAGUGGGGCGGCAUCUCCAUCAUCCUCAAGGAGAAGAACCUCGUAUCAGAGGUGCGGUCAGCGGCGGGCUUCAUAGGCGAGUGGGGAGACAUCUCAAUCAUCCUCAAGGAUAAGACAUUGGUAUCAGAGGUGCGAUCAGUGCCGCGAUUCAUAGGCGAGUGGGGAGACAUCUCCAUUAUCCUCAAGGACAAGUCUGUCAUUGACCUCAGGAGCGUGUGGCCUUGUCAGCUGAUCACACCCCCUUCACCCCUUCCCCCCUCGUGCAUGCAGCUCGUAUCAGAGGUGCGAUCAGUGCCGCGCUUCAUAGGCGAGUGGGGGGACAUCUCAAUUAUCCUAAAGGACAAGUCUGUGAUUGACCUCAGGAGUGUGCCCAAGUUCAGGGAAGUCGCCAAGUAUGUUGAGGAGCGCGCCAGCGCUGCUGCCGCCCGCGAAGCCAAGAGUGCUGCUGCCAAGAGCAGCAACAAGGGGUUCGACCCCUCAGCUUAA